UUCAUAGACGUCACCACCACCACCGGAGAGGUUGGAACGGGUAACUGGAAGCACGCAGACACGCGCAGACCAUCAGGGGCGAGACAUGACAUAUUAGCGCGUCAACAACACGAGGACAAGCCGCCGCACUGCGAAGCGCAGGGGUGUCUGUCGCUGCUGCACGGGAAUGUCCAGUGUGCAGCCCUGAGGAGAAAAAAUGAAGCGCAAGAGCGAAAGGAGGCGAGCCGAGUCGAGGAAAAAGCGCUGUGCAGCUCACAGCAGCUCAGAGGCGGAGCCAAACUCUGAUAUUUACAUUGAGAUAACAGAUCAACUGUAUUUUGCCAUACUUCAGCAAAAGAUCAAGAGCACAGCUGAAAGACACUGUUUCUGCAUCGAUGAAGAACUGGCAUAUGAGAACUUCUAUGCGGACUUUGGUCCCCUUAACCUGGCCAUGUUUUAUCGCUUCUGCUGCAAGCUGACAAAGAAGCUCAAGUCCAUUACACUCUCAAGGAGGAAGAUCAUAUUUUAUACAUGUGGAGACCAGAAGAAGCAAGCCAAUGCUGCCUAUCUAAUAGGCUCAUAUGCAGUAAUGCAUCUAAAUAUGUUGCCAGAGGAGGCCUACAGUCUGCUGGUGUCAAGAAAUUCCUCAUAUAUUCCAUUCAGAGAUGCUUCAUUUGGAACCUGCAUGUACAAUCUGAACAUCCUAGACUGUCUUCGUGGUGUGCACAAAGCUUUGCAGUAUGGCUGGCUCGACUUCUCUAACUUUGAUGUGGAAGAAUAUGAGCACUAUGAGAGAGCAGAAAAUGGAGACUUGAACUGGAUCAUUCCAGGAAAGUUCCUUGCAUUCAGUGGGCCGCAUCCAAAAAGCAAAAUAGAGAAUGGGUACCCUUUGCAUGCUCCUGAGGCCUACAUCCCAUACUUCAGGAAGCACAACAUCACUACCAUCAUCAGACUCAACAAGAAGAUGUAUGAUGCCCGACGUUUUACAGACUCUGGGUUUGAACAUCAGGACCUGUUCUUUGUGGAUGGAAGCACACCGAAUGAUUCUAUUGUUAGGAAGUUUCUCAACAUCUGUGAGAACGCUGAAGGAGCCAUUGCAGUCCACUGUAAAGCUGGGCUAGGGAGGACUGGUACUCUGAUUGCCUGCUAUAUGAUGAAACAUUACCGCCUAACUGCAGCAGAGGCCAUCGCUUGGAUACGGAUCUGCCGACCAGGGUCCAUCAUUGGACCUCAGCAGAACUUUGUUGAAGAGAAGCAGAACAGUUUGUGGGCAGAAGGAGAUGUUUUCCGCGAGAAGAUGCUGAAUGAACGUGAGAAUGGUAAGAUGGCUGUAACCAGGAUCCUAUCUGGAGUGGAUGACAUAACCAUCAAUGGGAGCAACAAGAACAGAGGAUCCAAGAAAGAAGAGAUGGAAAUGUACAAUGAUGAAGAGGAGAGAAAUGGCCUUACACAGGGUGAUAAAUUACGAGCUCUUAAGAGCAAGAGGCAGGCCAGAUCAUCCUCGGGUUCACUAUCGCAGGUGGUAGUGUUCUGCUGCAGCCUCAUGGGCACGGUGUGGCCGAUGUGUUGCCUGCCGUUCAAAAGAUAGCAGAGAGAGGCAGAGAAAGAGUGGGGGAGAGGAAAAACAGAGAGAGGAUGUGAGGUUUUGUACGUUGGAGGUAAGUGCACGUCAGUUCCUUUCUAGCCGACAUCCUCUUCCUGUUUAAAAAAAAUAUAUUGGUAAGGCAGCGAAUGGUGUGGCAGAUUUGAAGUUAUCCUUUUUUUUCUCUUCCUUUUCUUUUCUUUUGAUGACUGGUGUGAAGAGGUUAUGCACUUAGUGGAUGCAUUACAUUUACACCCCUUUCAUUAUCUGCCUCAUGGACACACUGAGCUGUUCUGCUUUGAUAUCAAGGCAUAUCUGUGGUAUCCUCCGAGUCACAAUAAAAGCUCUCAAGUUAACAGCACCAAUUAUUCAACCAAUCACGGUUUUAAAUAAGAUCGGGAUUAGUUGAAUUCAAUGUUUUAUUGCUUGGCUUGCACGACUGACUUGGCUCACAUCAAGAUAAAGUCUGAAUCAGGGAAGCUUUGACUUUGUUCUCAUCUGCAGUACGUAAUUCCUCAUUGUUUGGUAAAGUAGUAAACUUGCCAGCUCAUUCAUUAAGCUUUAGGUGUAAAUUGGCAGUAGUUCUUUGGUACUGGACUAAGCUAUGAUUCUGAGUGUUUUGUGAGUUUAAUUAGUGUCUUUGAAUUCUAUUAUUUGGAUAGUAAAAUCCUCCAGAUCCUCAUUAUCACAUAAAGCAUUAGGAAAACAUUAUGGGCUUUUGUGUAGGUAGUUGCACGAAAACAGGGAGUUGAGGCUGAAGGGAGAUUUGCUUGCACUACAGGCCAUAUGCUGCUGCAGGGAAUGCAUUGCUACACAUCUAAUGCUCCAUUUCCAGCUGAGCAUCACCAUCUGGCUCCACUGUUUGGUUUAUUAUGCAACACCAAUAUGCAUGUUACACUCCAGGGACGAUUAGAACGAUGACUGUCAGAAAUUCUUCACCUUUUCUGCCUCUUCACGCAUGGCAACAGGCAUGAAAUCCUUGGACAUGCACGCAUGCACAUGCCUCUGUGUUUGUGUCUAACAUGUACUUAAUGCUGGGCUGGGAUCAUUGUCAGUUGCCUGUUGUUUUUCCAUUGCUCUUGUGACUGGAUCAGUGUAUGCGUACCAUCUGAGCUUUGUUUACUCUUGCAGGAGUCCAUCUCUGCCAGCUUCUAUUAAAAGUGUGGGACAGAGUUUAGAAAUGGGUGCUUAAUUCUUGUAGGAUCUGACUAGUUUUUAGAUGUUUCUGUUAAACAGAGCCCAUCUCCUUCAUUGGCCGGCUUAUAUCAAUCACUACAAUUUCAGUACCAGGGAUACUGUGAUCUAUUUAAUGUCUAUAAAUGCUGCGUGUUUUUUUUUUUUUUUUUUUUUUCCUAGAAUCAUGUUUUAUUUUCAAUUAAUUUUGAGGAGCUUACAAUACAAAAAAACUCCUAUAUUUAUUAUAAAUAUGUAGAAAUUAAGUAAAAUAAAGUUGUUGUGUUUUGUUUUUUUCCCCCUCAAGUCAGUUAAACUACUUUAAACUUCCUACAUUAGUUGGGUUCUUUAUGGCUGACUGCUUACACAACAGAGCAAGUGAUGAACAAAAAUUUGCUGUCUGGCACUGUUGGAUGCAAGGCUCUACAAAAGGUGAUUCAUCUAAUCCAGUCCCAGUGGAAAAGCACAACAUCAGAGGCUUUAUGUCCUGCCCAGACGUCUCUUGUCUCUCCUUCCUUUUUUUCCCCUUUUUUUCCGUUUGCUCUUGUUGUUGGAUUUGUCCUCC